CCGAGUGUCAAAACAUUCAAAAUAAUAUUUUAUUUUAAAUUUAUUAUUUCUAUUUAAUAUUUUCAAACAUAUUCAAUUAGCAAAGAAUAUUAAAUACAUAUUUUUAAAUUACUAAUAAAAUAAAAAUUAUUUUAUUCUUUUUUUCAAAACAAAAAUAUAUUAUUAAUAAUUUCAUGUGUCAAAUAAAGAUAAACAUAUGUAGGUCACGUUAAUAUAGAAAGAGAAAGAAAAGAAAAUAUUUUCCGUCUGCUUGCACAACGGGGUGUGACUGUAUAAAAUUUGGUUAAAUAUUAAAAAAUUUUCAAAUACAUAAUUUUUAUUAAUUUCUAAAUUCAAUGAAUAUUAUUUCUAUUCUAUUUGUCAAUGAAAUUUAAUAGAAUAAUAUAAAAUUACUGUUAGAAAUGAUGCAGGCUUUAGUCAUUUUUAAAGUAUAGAAAUUUCCAUUGAAGUGAUUCAAGUGAUUGUCGUUUCUUGUUACAAGUACGUGGGUGGAUCUUGAUUAAGAAUCCAAGGCAUUUGAGGUGACGCCGUGAAGAACUUUUGGAAAAAAAUCAUCGACCCAAUGUUACGUUCAACGUAAAUCAAAAAGAAAAUCAUAUAAUUAACAAUUGUUGAUUAAAAAUGCAGGGCGGCAUUAUUUUGUGUCUUGUGUUAUCUAUAUUAUCUUGUGUAAACAGUUUCAAUUUAGAAGCACGGAUACCUGUUAUAAAAAGAGGUUUAAAGGGUUCUUAUUUCGGUUUUUCUGUAGCCGAACAUCAGGAAAUAUCUGAUAUUAAUGGAGAACGAACAAGCUGGAUUUUGGUGGGAGCACCUUUAGAUCAAAAUAUACAACCUGGUACAAAUAGAUCCGGUGCAUUAUGGAAAUGUCCCUUAACUUCGACAUUACGAGAUUGUCAACAAGUUAUCACUGAUGGACAAAAAAGAGACGAAGGUGGUCAAUAUGAUUCAAGUAUUGAUAGUGAAGAAUUAAUUCCACCUGGCAAUAAUGAAGUGAAAGAUAACCAAUGGCUUGGAGUUACAGUACGAAGUCAAGGUCCUGGUGGAAAAGUGAUGGUUUGUGCUCAUCGUCACAUAGUGAAAUCGAAAGAUUCUAUGUGGGGACAAGGACAAUGUUACGUCUUAUAUCAGGAUUUAAAAGUGAAAGAUUUGAAAAAGCCUUGUUCCGGGAAACCUACUGACAAGGCACAUGAACAAUUUGGAUAUUGUUUGGCUGGUACAAGUGGAUUAUUAACUUCUGAGGAAUACGUUAUGAUUGGCACACCUGGUCCUUAUACCUGGCAAGGAACUGUUUAUAUCUCAACGGUUGAGGAUAAUUUUUUUAAAAGAGAUAAUACGAUUUACAAUGCUCCCAUGCAAGAUGCUUCACCUGUUAAAAAAUACAGUUAUCUUGGAAUGUCUGUGGCUGUUGGAAAUUUUUUCAAAAAUGGAUUAGCAUACGCAGCUGGAGCACCGCGUUCCAAUGAAACUGGACAAGUUGUUCUUUUUAUGCGAAACGAAGGAAAAGCAGAUUUACAAUUUGUCAUGACUUUAGAUGGUGAACAAUUGGGAUCGAGUUUUGGUUAUGAAAUCGCUUCAGCCGAUGUAAAUGGUGAUAAAAUUUCGGAUCUUUUUGUCGCGGCACCAUUUUAUUUUAAUAAAGGAGAAGGCGGUGCCGUGUAUGUUUACACGACAUUUGAAAAAAAUAUGAAAAUUUGCAAAAAAUGUGCACCGACAAAAUUAGUUGGCAAAGAAGAAUCGAGGUUUGGUUUUGCGAUAGCGAAUUUAGGGGAUUUGAAUCAAGAUGGAUAUGAGGAUGUCGCUAUUGGCGCGCCUUAUGAAGGAAAAGGAACUGUUUAUAUUUAUCUUGGCUCGAAAAAUGGUUUGAUAACUACUCCAUCACAGGUAAUUCAUUCGGAGGAUACACCUGUACCAUUACGUACAUUUGGUUAUUCACUUAGUGGAGGAAUUGACAUGGAUCAAAAUGGUUAUCCGGAUUUAUUGGUAGGCGCUUAUGAUGAUGCAGCUGUUGCUUUACUUCGAUCGAGAAAUAUUAUUAACAUUACAACUUACAUUCAAUACGUUAAAAAAGAUGGAUUAUAUCAAGAGAAAAUAGAAUCCAUUGAUCCUAGUAAACCAGGCUGCUUUGUUGAUCCAUCAUCGAAUUACACUUGUUUCUCAUUUGAAGCAUGUUGCGAAACACGAUCAAUUAUAAAGAGAGAAGGCAAAUCAUAUUUGAAAUUGAAUUAUUUCAUUGAAGCCGAAACUUAUUCGGGAUUAAAGAAAUUUUCACGAGUUUGGUUCCGUGCACGUGAUUCACGUUCGCAUAUAAUUCAUCGGCAAGUUAUUUUAGAUGCCAGUAAACGUGUUCACUGUCAAUCGGAAACAGUUUAUUUAAAGGAGAAUACAAGAGAUAUUCAAUCACCAAUUAAAUUUCGUUUAAAUUAUACAUUAAUACAAGAAGAACCUGUAAUGCCAAAAGAAGGCUCACCAUUGCCUGAUAUUAAAAAUUAUCCAAUUUUAAAUCAGCAAGAAGCUGCCAAAGUGUUUGAGGCAACUUUUCAAAAAGAUUGCGGUGAAAAUGAUAUUUGCGAAAGUGAUUUGCGAAUAAAAGCUGCACUUGAUCUUAAAGUGUCUUCAAGUGAACAAAAUUUUUAUGAAUUAACAUUGAGAGAGAAUGCAGAUAUUGCUGUGAAUGUGACUAUAAAAAAUAUCGGUGAAUCAGCAUAUGAGGCACAAUUAUUCGUGGAACAUUCACCGAAUUUAAAUUACAUUGGUACAAAAACAAAUGAUUCGGUAAUUUGUAGUAUGUAUAAUACAACAAUUGUUGCCUGCUCAUUGGGAAAUCCAUUCAAAAAAGAUAAAAUUGUAUUUUUACAAGUGAGAUUUGAUCCAACAAAAUUGGAGGAUCAUGAAUCACAAUUGACAUUUAAAGUUUUUGCUAAUUCAACAUCAAAGGAAAUUAAUGAGAAAAUACCCACAUUCUUACAAGCAGCUAUUAUUCGUCGAGCGGAAUUAUCUAUAAAAGGUACAUCGAAAAGUCAGUGGGCAUAUUAUGGAGGGCCCGUUAUUGGCGAAUCGGCAAUAAAACAUUUACAUGAAAUUGGACCAAAAGUUUUUCAUAUUUAUGAAGUGUUUAACGAGGGACCAUGGAGAGUUAGUGCUUUAGAUGUUAAAAUUAGAUGGCCUUAUGAAGUUGCUAAUGACAAACCACAUGGAAAAUGGUUACUUUAUUUGGAAGACAUUCCUUCUGUUCAAGCACAAGGAAUAAGUCGAAAUUGUGAAGUAGCAGCUGGAUAUGUAAAUCCAUUGAAAUUACAAGGAAGUGUCAGUGAAAUUGAACCACUUGUAACGACAUCAUAUCCUAUUGUUUACAAUAAUUCAAAUUACAUUAGAAGAAGAAGAGAUACUGAAAAAGUGGUAAAUACACGAACGUAUAUUAAAGAUGGACGUAGACAUCAAAUUGUUCACAUGAGUUGCAAAGGACAAACGGCAAAAUGCACAGAUAUUAUAUGUAGAAUUGAAAAUUUACAAAGAAAAAAAGAAGCAAUUAUUACUAUUAAAGCAAGACUUUGGAAUUCCACACUUGCUGAAGAUUAUCGCAAAGUGGAUGAGGUGCGAAUAGGUUCGCAUGCGAAAAUAAUUAUUCCCGCUGGUGUUAUAAUACAACAAGAGAAUGUGUCGGAUGAUUUUACAAUUGCGGAAACUGUUGCGUAUCCAGAUAUAUCGGAUCAACAGGAACCUGAACCAGUGCCAAUUUGGAUAAUAGUCGGCGCGAUUCUUGCCGGUUUAUUGUUAUUAAUUUUAUUGACAUUGAUUCUUUGGAAGCUUGGUUUCUUCAAGAGACGAAGACCCGAUCCAACACUUUCGGGUAAUCUUGAAAAACACAGGGACGAUAAUCCUGAACACGAGGCCCUAUUUAAACACUGAAUAUUGUAAGCAAAACACACAAAAUAUUUUUCGAGAUAGUUGUUUUUUUAUAAAGAAACAAAGAAAAAAAAAAAUUGUACUUAUAUCCGGUGACUAAAAGGCAGACAUGACUGCUGAAACUUAAGUACAGAGGAGCAGCUAAUUAUAUUCAGAAAAUGUGAUAGCAUUUUAUGCUUCCAUGAUGGAAACUUGGUUUCUGUCACUUUAUAUUAGAGCUUAUAAAAUUCUACGCAAAGCAUUUUUUUUUUAAUUAUUACGGUUACCGUGUCAAUCGGAAGUUGCGUUUUGCGAAAAUAAUUACAUUUCACUAAUUUUACAAUGAAAUAUUCCAAUAGUU